AUGCCUGUCGUACGACAAGAGACGGGAUUGAGUAUAAGUCGUCGCUUGUCCAAGUCAAGCCCACAACAGCACGCAGAUGGAGAUAGUCGUCCCGGCGAUCUGACCUCGUACAAGGGCAACUGCCACUGUGGUAGGAACAGGUUCGAGGUCACGGUGCCCGCGAUCACUCGAGCGACGGGGUGCAAUUGCAGCCUAUGCCACAAGUCGGGCUAUCUAUGGGCGUUUCCAGGCGAGGGUCACGUGCAGUACACGAAAGGCGGUGCUGAUACGUUGGGGGAAUUUGAGACGGAGGCUUUGAGGCACGAGUUCUGUACUUCUUGUGGAACGGGUCUCUAUGGAACUCAUAAAACAGGACCGCUGGAGGGCAAAUUAGGAGUCAAUAUCCGAACAUUCAUUGGUGUGAACCCUUUCAAGACCGAAGUUGAGACAAUAGACACCUCUGCGAGCAUCAAAGAGACACCCGUUCCGCUCCCCGAUUCUCUGGCACAGAACGUAUCCUCCGAUGAUGAGACCAAGAAGAGGGUCUAUACUGGGUCCUGCCAGUGCGGGACAGUGGCGUUCACCGUGGUGACACCUGCUCUCAAGGAUGUUCAGAUCAAGGAGGACAACUGUAGCAUAUGUGUGAGGCGGGCAGCUGCUAGCAUUUACCCCGACAAAGACCAAGUCACUCUUGUGGGAGAAGACAACACCACGGCCUACGCAUUCGGCCGGAAGUUCAACCUCGCUCCUUUCUGCAAGACCUGCGGCGUGGCAUGCUAUGGUGUGCCGCUGGGACCUCCACAAGAGCUGGUUGGUAAACUGCCAGAGGCGAAGCAGAAAUUCGUGGAGCAGCAGAGGCGGAUCCGCCCCCUGUAUAUCAGGGCGAUGAAUGGUGUCGAGUGGGAGGAGAUCAAUGUGGAGAGAAGCGAUGAAGGCACGGACGGAUAUGUGCUUCCAGAGGAUGGCGAGUAA